CGCCGGAGUGACGUUCAUUCACUUCCACGCCGGACAACUGCCGUUCGUCCUUCGUGACCCUCGCCUGCGUCCCGAGGGUGGGACGUGGCCCCAGGAGCUCUCAAAAUAGCCAGUCCCUUUUCGGUCCCUCCCAGUGAUGGAGGGCAGCUGUUAGCCUCGCCAGCAGCUUUGGAGCAACAAGGGCGGCCCAUGGACCUACCGGAGAACCAGGCGGAUGGUCCUGCUUCACAAAUGUACCUCUGGGACCAGCCGGAGGAGGGGCUCCCGGGGACUCCGCUCAGCUCAGAGGAGCAAAUACUCAAGUCCACCUUCGAAGCCUGUGACCCCCAGAGGACAGGCUUUGUGGCUGUGACCCACGUACUGGCCUACCUGGAGGCUGUGACUGGACAGGGCUGCCAGGACACACGCCUCCAAACGCUGGCCUGCAGCCUGGACCCCAGCAGGGAGGGCCCUCAGGCCACUGUGGACUUGGACACAUUCCUGGUCGUCAUGCGGGAUUGGAUCGCUGCCUGCCAGCUGGAUGGACGAUUAGAGCUGGAAGAGGAGACCGCCUUCGAGGGGGCCCUGACCUCCCAGCGACUGCCAUCUGGAAGCCCAAACGCCGAGGAGCCAGACAACCUGGAGAGCUUCGGAGGCGAAGACCCCAGACCUGAGCUGCCCGGCACAGCCGACCUGCUGAGCAGCCUGGAGGACCUGGAGCUCAAUAACCGCAGGCUGGCCGGGGAGAACGCCAAACUGCAGCGCAGUGUGGAGACGGCCGAGGAGGGGUCAGCGCGCCUCGGGGAGGAGAUCUCGGCGCUGCGUAAGCAGCUCCGCAGUACCCAGCAGGCCCUGCAGCUCGCCAAGGCCGUGGACGAGGAGCUGGAGGACCUGAAGAGCCUGGCCAAGAGCCUGGAGGAGCAGAAUCGCGGUCUUCUGGCCCAGGCCCGGCAGACAGAAAAGGAGCAGCAGCAUCUAGUGGCGGAGCUGGAGACUCUGCAGGAGGAGAAUGGGAAGCUGCUGGCCGAGCGGGACAGAGUGAAGAGGCGGACUGAGGAGCUGGCGGUGGAGAAGGACUCUUUGAAGCGGCAGCUCUGUGAGUGUGAACACCUCAUUUGCCAACGAGAAGCCGACCUCUCUGAGCGCGCUUGCCACGCAGAGAGUCUGGCCAAGACCUUGGAAGAGUACAGAACAACAACUCAGGAACUGAAGCUGGAAAUCUCACACCUAGAGGAGCAGCUGAGUCAGAUCCAUAAGGGGCCAGAUGAGCCGCCCAAAGGGACUCAGGCAAGAAGAGAGGACUGGGCCAAGCUGCUGCCCCCAUCACUGGGCAUGGAGAUCCGGGCCCUUCAGCAGAAACAAGAAGAGGCAGCCGCUGAUCUCUCCAGCCCCCUGUGUGGGGUGUGGCAGUGGCAGGAGGGCCUUGACGAGAGCAGUGAGGAGGCUGAGGGACAGAGAAACUUCCAGGGAGAGCCAGCAUACCGUCAUGAAGGAAGGAAGGGGCAGUCAAAGUGGUUGCCCAGAAGAGAGGAAGAGGAGGAAGCAGAGACCCGGGUCGUGCAGCCCUGCCGCACCGGACCUGCGCCAAGCCCUGGUGCCUGUGGAGAAGAAGCUGGUUCCUGCCGGGAGGCCGGUCUGGGGCCAGCUCUGCCUGUGCCCCCUGCACCCCCGCGGACUCAGGGUCGCUGGGCACCGGCUGACCCCCGCCCCCGUCCUGGGCCUGCUGCUGCUGCUGCUGCUGCUGUCCCUCCUGCUGCUCGGCCAGUCCCCGCCCCCCACCUGGCCGCACCUCCAGCUCUGCUACCUGCGGCCGCCUCCCGUGUGAGCCCCUCAGAGCAACGUCUAGUUCAACUGCCUGGCGGCACCACCCCUCGCAACAAGGGAGAUGGAGCGCCUCUCCGCACAGAAAGAGGGACGAGGAGAUGUGGCCCACGGCACAGAUGUCCACUGUGUGUGGUGCAGGCGGCCCCUGGGCAGUGGGCCGCUGUGUCAUUUGCUCAAACCACAGACAGUGACCAUCUGUUUGCCACAGCUAGACCUCCAAAGGUAAAGCUGUAGCCAGAGGGGCGCUGCAGUGCCAGGCCGAGGGGCGUUCCUCCUCCCCAAGGGCGAUCGGAGUUUUGGGGGGUUUCAUUGCUUGUUUCUGGUUAUUUGCAUUUUAACUGAGGUAUCACUUACA